UUCUUGGUGACACCCACGGAGGCGCCACUUCCGCACGGACCUGCUGCUGCUCCCGGAGAGACUCAUCCGUGGAUUGUAUUUUCUUAUUUUCUACACGGACAAAACAGGAGAGCAUGCUAGCUGAGUGAGCAGGUGGGUAUGGAUGGUAAAGGCCCGUAUCGGAUCUACGACCCCGGCGGGAGCGAGGCCCAAUCCAAGGAGGAAGCGAGCAGCUACAGGCAGCUCCUGGAGGAGAACACGGUCCUGAGAGAGCGCAUGAAAGGCCUCAAGAGCCUCGGAGAUCUGCUGGAAGAGUCUCAGUCCGAGGCGCUGAAGCUGCGCAAGCGAGUGGAGGAGCUGGUGAGAGACAACGAAGCGCUGAAGUCCUCCACGCCAAGCUUCGCCAGUGCCUGCAUCAGCACUCCGGUCCACGCUGACACCCCGGGUCAUGGGAAGCUCCUGAGUCACCAGGCGUCGGUGCGCUCGGAUCCCCGCGAGUGUCUCACUGGGAAGACGGUCCAAACGGAAGUUACAGAGACCUCGUCGCACUUCGAGCUGGUGAACACCGAGGACAAGACCAUGGCGGAAACACAAACGGAGAACACAGAGCUGGCCAGUCAGCUGCAGAGGUUGGAGAGUUCGUUCAGUGUGUUUGCGCAGGAGUCCAACCCUAACCAGCUGCUGGCUCACCUGGGCCGCAUGGCCGUGGAGUUCCACACACUGUCCUCCAAAGUGCAGAAGAACGAGCAGAGAACCUCACUGCUGCAGACGCUGUGUGAGCAGUUGCGGCAGGAGAACAAUGAACUGCGCAAAAAAAUGGAGGAGGACCUUCAGUACAGGAACCGUGACCUGGAACAGCUGAGGCAGGAGAACUUGAAGCUGCGCGAGCAGGUGAGCGGACGGCCCGAGGUGGCACAGAGCGAGUCAUCUGACUCCAAAGACGAGGUGGCCAAAGAGGAAGCGGUGAAAGUGAAGCUGGAGGCGGUGGUGACUCAGCAGGCACAUGCCGCUCAGCAGUCUAGUAAAGCAGAAAAGACUCCAUCCAAGACUCUGGACCCCGAGUUGUACGAGAAGAAGAUCAGGCUUUUGGAGAAACAGAGGAGAGACGUGCUAGAGGUGAACAAACAGUGGGACAUUCAGUGGAACUCGAUGAAGGCGCAGUAUGAGCAGAAGAUCACAGAUCUGAGGCAGCGGCUAGCCGACUCCCAGAAAGCCGUCCAGGAGCUUGAGGCAGAGCGAGAGCAAAGACAGAGAGACUACGACAAGAAGCUGCUUCUCGCCAAAUCCAAGAUCGACAACGUACAGGGUGAAAAGGAGUGUUUGACGACAGAAACGUGCGAGCUGAAACAGAAAGUGCGCUACCUUCAGGAUCAGCUGGUGCCGCUCACUAAGCAGAGAGAGUACCAGGAGAAGGAGAUCCAGCGCCUCAACCGGGCCCUGGAGGAAGCACUGAACCUGCACUCUCCCAACUCCCAGGCCGGAAUGAACCUCGGUGAAGGAGUCCUGAACUUGCGCCAGCAGGAGCUCCACACUCAGAUCGCCGUCCUCAAAGAGCAGGUAAAGAUCUUCGAGGAGGACUUCCAGAAGGAGCGCAGGGACAGAGAGCGCAUGAACGAGGAGAAGGAGGACCUGAGACGCCAGGUGGAAAGGUUACAGGGUCAGAUGACUAAUCUGACCAAUCAGCUCCAUCAGGCGCAAAACGAGUGUCAGAGAGAGCGAGCAGAGCGGUGUAAACUGGAGCGACUGCAGAUGCAACACAACAAACAGGUUUUGGACGGGCAGCCGGAGAGAAGAACGUCCGACCCCACUUCGAGUUCAGCUAACGGCCCUCUAAGCCCCCCGUACUGUGGCCCCUUCGUGCAGGUUGGACACCAGCUAGAGGGCUGGCCCAUCCACUUCCCACCCAGAAUGCCCACCCUGAGUGCUGCACCUGGGCGAGACUUUCAGCCUGUCAAUCCGGGUUUUCCUUGGCAAACGUCAUUCCCACAGCCACGCGGCUCCAGAGUACAAACAGACGCAGCAAGAGCACCACCAGAAAGUACAGAAGCAGGAGCAGGAGCAGCGGGUUUCGGGAAGCGGGAGCGUCAGAACGUGGACUCUGGAAAGCACUAAGCACUUCAUCAUCAUCAUCAUCCUCUUCCUCCACCUAUUUUUUUCUCCGCCACCACGUAGCUUAGUAGCAUGACACACAGUUUCUCUCUCAGUCGGCAUGGUGUGAAUCCUCCUUGAUUUCUCCUCCCAGUAUCGUGUGUGUGUGUGUGUGUGUGUGUGUGUGUGUGUGUGUGUGUGUGUGUGUGUGUGUGUGUACUAUACAUAAAUAUAUCUCUAAUAGAAUGUUGUUUAUAUGCUUACAUUUUAUAAGCCUGUAUGUGAAACACUGUUCUGGAGAACAUCUGUACUUAUACACACAUUAUUUGGAUUCGUAUCAAUAAUUUAGCUUUUUACAAGGUUGAAUCUUCUGGACGAAAUCUUUACACGACCCAAGCGAAUAUACUGGUUAAUUAUU